GAGGUCCUCCUCAAUUAAUUGCUAAAUAUAGCCUGUUUCAUGGCAGGGGUGCAGAAAAUGCCCUAUCAAAUCUGUGAUAAUGUGAGAUAGCCAUAAGCUGUGGAAAGAGAGGAAAUACUAAAGGAUAAAAAGUCAAAAGUCAAAGGAAAAAAGAAGAGGGUCAUCACUUUUAAAGUUUCUGUGAAAUAUUGUGGAAAACCGAUGAGAAAACUUGGAAAGCUGACCAGCAGGCGCGUUCUACUAGGGAGGCUCAGAAGAUUCAGCGCCUGUUUCAUGGGUAUUUGUAUAACUCUGCUUGCCAAAAGUGGCUCACAAAGCAAGUUAUGAAUCAAAUGCAUAGCGAUUGACUACCAGGGACACUUGGGGCAGGAGGCCCUUGCUUGGCUUGGGAGGUUUUGAUGCUAACUAGUCCUUCACUCAGAGCGCACUCACGUCAGAUAUGCAAGCACCUGCCUCUUUACAGCCUGCAAGUUGCUCUCUGGAAGUUCAAAGCUGUGACAUAGUGGAUAAAUAUUGAUACAGAUUGAAGAUGGGCACUGAUCAAAAACUUAUGUACGCUUUUCGAGGAUGGAUUGCCUUUGUGGCUUUCAUGGACUUAGGAGUAGCAGUUAGAUCCUACAUUGAAAAAAGAUGUUUUUUAGGGGAACAUUCUUACACUCAGUCUGAUCAACUACUGGAGAAAGAAGACCCAACUCUGCCUCGUAUUUUGGGAAUGUAUUCAAUUCUGAAAGCUUUAGCCUUAAUUCAUUGUACUGUAUUCAUUCACUAUAGACCAAUUGUUAGCAUGGGCGUUUGCUCCCUUUUACUCACAAUAAUAAUGUACCUUGCAGAGGCGUUUUAUUACCACUCGACAACUUUGAACUUUUAUGUUGUCUUCCCUUGCGUGUUGAAUGGUAUCACUUUGUUUGGACUAAUAUUUAUGCCAAAAAGAUUACUGGAAGGCCCUCCAGUUAUCGAGGAUGAAAAUGCUGAACUCUUGCGACAAGCUGCAGCAUUUCGAAAGCGGAAAACCCCCAAUAAAUCAAAAUGAUAGAUAACUUUAGUGCUCAGUUCACUCAAGUACUGACUGAUUUAGUUGUAAUUUUAAGUGCGAGUAAUCAUCUAAUCACAGCUCUUUAACUUUUGUUGCUGUGAUGAAAUAUUGUUUUCAAAGAUUUUGAUUACACGUAUGACAAACUACAGGGACUCAUGUGUUCAAAUUUUAAAGAGAGAUAAAGAACAGUUCAGUUUGUAUCUUAGGGAAAAAAAUUAGUUAGGGCGGAUCAAUGAGGGGAAUAAGCAAACAAAAUUUCAAACAAAUUCUGCAGAAAUACUGAUUUUACUUUACAUUUUUGUCAAAAAACAUAUCCAUUAUGCCUCGAAGCAUAUUCCAGCUAUUUAUUUGCAAAAAAUCUCUUUUAUAAAACCUGAUUUGAAGCUCCAAGUAUCCAAACGCAAAAAUUAACCAUUUGAUAAGACUGAUCAAAUGUAAUAUUUUGUGUUCAGAUCAUUUCACUUUUAUUGUGGGGCUAACAAAACAGAUCCUUUAAAAAAACGGCUGAAAUAUGCCACUAUGGCUGGUGGAUCCGUAUUUUAACCAUGACUUUAAAGUGAAAUCAGUGAUUUGGCAAAAUUUGUUAAAAACUUUGGUCUUUGUUUACUUUCCGAGUAUAAUCGCCUUAAAGUGCUUUAGGAGUAAUGGAAACUAUUUGGAAAUUUGCUUUACUUAGGUAUGAUUUUAAAAUGUUAAGAAAAUACAAUUUUCCAACAUUAUGAGUAGGUUGGUAUUUUCUAUGUUUUUGAGGAUGAAAAAGUAAAGUGGCUUACAGCAAUACAUUUCUAUUGAAUUUGCUAAAAUAAAAAUGUUAAUUUUGACUUUGCCUACAAAACUACAUAGUAAGUUUGUCUGUGUUCAGUAGAAAUUCAUGUUUCUGUCAAAGUUAGGGACGCCUAGGGGUACUUUUUGGCUCAUUGCUUGAAACAUACUGCUUGAUUUAGCCUCACAUCCUUCACUAAGCAGAAUCAGUAGAGAAUUACAGAAGUUUCAGAUUUCUUUCAUGAAAACCAUAAGAGGUUUUUAUUUUACGUUUGAAAAUAUGUGUUUCCAACUUUCAGCACUACCACUCAGACCUUAGUUUUGAAAGUUAUUUUAAGGGAUUAAGAUGGCAAAUGAUACAGUCUAGUUUUAAACAUGAGCAUUAUAAGCAAAAUUAUCAAGGCACAAAGACCCCUCUCCAUGAUGAAUCAGCAAGUGCUCCAACAAUAUCAUUAUUGAGGAGAAAUUUUCAUUAAAAUGAACAUUUAGCAGAAAAGAAAAAAAAA